AGAGAGCAAAAAAAGUGUUUGGUUAAUCUUCGUGCUUUCCACUAACCUCCCUUUUGUUUAUCCAAAUCUUUUCCUGGAAAUUUUUCAUUAGUUUCAAACUCUAAAACAGAAAGAGAGAGAUAGGAGUGCAACACAAGGAUGCCUUCUCCUCCGGAAGAAGGAACCCAACCCAAAACCGAUUCGGGUUCGGGCCCGGGUCAAACCUCCGAACGUGAUACCAAUCAACCACCACCUCCUACACCGCAAUCUCAACCGCCUCCACCGCAAACGCAAUCGCAACCGUAUCAGCCGGUGAUGGGCUAUCCAGGUUACCCACAAGACCCGUACCAAAAUUAUCCAAACGCAUCUUACCAACACAACCAAUACGCCUACGCGCAAGCCCCACCCGCUUCCUAUUACGGUUCUUCUUACCCCGCUCAGCAAAAUCCGGUUUACCAAAGACCAGCUCCUUCCGGUUUCUUCAGAGGAAUUUUAACCGGUUUAAUCGUUUUAGUCGUCCUCCUAUGCAUCUCCACGACCAUAACUUGGCUCGUCCUCCGUCCUCAGAUCCCGGUUUUCUCCGUAACCAGCUUCUCAGUCUCCAAUUUCAACCUAACCAGACCGGUUUUCUCCGCUCAAUGGAUGGCUAAUCUCACGGUCGAGAAUCCAAAUACGAAACUGAAUGGAUACUUUGAUCGGAUCCAAGCAUUCAUCUACAACCAAAACGCGAUCGAAGAAGACGACUUUUUGGCGAUGGCGUUCUUCCAGCCAGUUUCCGUGCAGACCAAGAAAUCAGUUUCCAUUGGUGAAACCCUAACGGCAGGAGGGAAAGAACAACCUAAAGUACCGAGUUGGGUCGGAGAGGAGAUGAAGAAAGAGAGAGAUACUGGAAUGGUGUCGUUUGAUCUGAGAAUGUUGGUUUGGGUUACUUUCAAGACCGAUGGUUGGUCGGCGCGUGAGAGAGGGCUUAAAGUGUUUUGUGGGAAGUUGAAAGUUGCGUUCGAAGGAGGAUCUGGAAACGGUGCCGUUUUAUUGCCCAAGCCUCUUCCUUGUUUGGUUUACGUUUGAUCCUUCCUGAUUUUUUUCUUAUCUUGACGUCUCUUGUAAUGUUCGAUUGUUUAUUUUAUAAAGUCCAUAGAAAUCUCUUACAAGAAGCUUAAAAGAGCAAAUAUACGAUUCAACUGCAGAUCUAGCUUGUGAAAAGAAUUAUAUUCGUUAUUAUAUCAACCACUCUAUAAUCCAAAUGUUGAUUUAAACCUCUGGUUCAGGUGGGUUUAUAUGACUUCAGGGACGGUCCUGGACUAAGCCUAACGAAACAUUGGCUUUAGACUCCCAAAUUUUUUGAAAAAAAUUACAUUGAAAUAGGCCUCCAAAAAAAAGUUUCAGGUUCCCAAAUUUUUUUUAAAAAAUAGUUCAAAUAUUUAAUAA